AGGGGAUGGAGAGCCGCGCCAGAGGCCCCAGCGCGGCCCGCGGUCCCCUGCCGGCCGGGCCUCGUUAGCCGCCGGGAUUCUGCGUGGUUUCCACCGCCGAGGCCUGGUCUCCUGAGUCAGUGGCGUUGUGGCUCGGAAGAAAUGGAAGAAAAGGAGCGAUGUGACCGAGCCCGUUCGGUCCUGCCUUGAGGCCUGGUUGGCAUUUUCGGAGAAGAAAAUUCCGCCAGAAAAUCCGUGGGGGGUCGGCAGGGGGCAGGGAGGGAGCUGGGAGAAAGGGAACAUGGUCUUAGCUUUUCUAUGAUUUUUUAGAAUUCUGCACUUUGACAGUGGUGGUGAAAUAAACUCAUCCAAAAGUUAUUUUUUUAUGGAGAAGAGAGAAGAGGGGGGUUUUUGUCCCUUUUGAUUGCAGCCUUUUCUCCCGGUGACAAAGCAUAAUCAUGGACCCCAGAGAAUAAGGUGGACCUCAGGAAUCCUGAAAAGACUUAGAGGCUUACAUUCUUCCUCAGGCGGGAAGGGUGGGGUGUUUUCAGCCUCUCUGGAACCUAAAACGAAAAAACAUGAGUUGCGUGCCAUGGAAAGGAGACAAGGCCAAAUCCGAGUCCUCGGAGCUGCCCCAGGCAGCACCCCCGCGAAUCUACCAUGAGAAGCAGCGCAGGGAGCUGUGUGCCCUGCACGCCCUCAAUAACGUCUUCCAGGAUGGCAAUGCCUUCACUCGGGACACGCUGCAAGAGAUUUUCCAGAGGUUGUCUCCAAACACCAUGGUGACGCCUCACAAGAAGAGCAUGCUGGGAAAUGGGAACUACGAUGUGAAUGUCAUCAUGGCAGCACUUCAGACCAAAGGCUAUGAAGCUGUUUGGUGGGACAAGCGCAGGGACGUCGGUGCCAUCGCUCUCCCUCACGUCAUGGGCUUCAUUAUGAACCUGCCCUCCAGCCUGUGCUGGGGUCCGCUGAAGCUGCCUCUCAAGCGGCAGCACUGGAUCUGUGUUCGAGAGGUGGGAGGUGCCUACUACAACCUUGACUCCAAGCUGAAGCUGCCCGAGUGGAUUGGAGGGGAGAGCGAGCUCAGGAAAUUCCUUAAACAACACCUGCGAGGAAAGAACUGUGAACUCCUGCUGGUGGUUCCAGAGGAGGUGGAAGCCCGUCAGAGUUGGAGGGCUGAUGUGUAGCAAGGUUCCACCCAGCUCCCUCACCUCGCCCCUCAGCCCUCGUGAUGUGCCGGGGCCUGUACAGUGGGCCUGCCCCUGCCCCUCCCCAGACAUCUCACUGGGUUCCCCCAGAUCUGACAGUGUGAUAGGCAGAUGUGUGGAUUGCCACAAGAACCAGCCAGCAUUACUGAUCCCUGGGAAAGGCAGGCAGGAGCUCUGUGCACUGAGAAUGAGCCGUGGAAGACCUGGGUUUAGGUUCAGAGGAGACAGGAAGAUGGGUCCAGCUUACUUCCCCCUUUCCCGUGAGGACUUAACAGGCUGUGCCGAGUUCACCGCUGCUCUGACUCACCUGGAGAUGCUGCCCCCACGCCCCCUUUCCUGGCCACCAGCGGGUCUGAAGACAGUACAUGUAAAGCCUAUGUGACCGACAUGAAGGACCAAGAGCUUGAGGGCGCCUCUCAGGAACCAUCUCUGAUCCCCCACCGG